UUGUGGGAAUCGAACCCUUCUCUUGUAGAUAGCAGACAAGUCCAGUGACCAUCCAAAACAAAUAUUUUGCAAAUUAUUUAUAAUUGGUUUUAACAGGAGCAGGUGGGAACAGGGUUUUUAGUGUGUCUAAGCCCUUACUCGCUGGGAAAUCUUGCUAUCCGUUGUAGUUCACGACCUCCCUCUCUCAAAUGUCAAGGAUGAUAGAACCCAACAAUAUCUGAACAAUUCCCUCCCUUUUUUUAAACUAAGCAUCAAGUUGUGAUCUCAAUUCUCACAAAGCAUAAACAGGUAGGACAUAGUGCUAGAAGAUUUUUGUAAAAAUGACUGUAUUGGGGCUGAGUUGUAGUCCCUCAAGAUGUGCCCAGCUACCUCCUGGUCGCCUGGGAUCACGCAAUGUUCAGGUUAUGGCCUUUUCUAUGGCUGGGAAACAUAAACAAGGGAUGGGGUUUCUCCGAGUGGAAAGAACAAGUUUUUUGUCUCCUAGAUUAAAAUGGAAUAGACGACAAGUUCAAUUGGUUAAAAGUGCCAUGGAUGCUUCAUAUGGUGAUAUGACAAAUGAUGCUUCUGCUGUUUUUCCAAGAAUUAAUGUGGGGGACCCAUAUAAACGACUUGGAAUAAGCAGGGAAGCUUCUGAAGAUGAAAUUCAAGCUGCAAGGAACUUCCUGAUUCAAAAACAUGCAGGGCACAAGCCAAGUGUAGAUGCAAUUGAGUCAGCGCAUGACAAAAUAAUAAUGCAGAAGUUCUAUGAGAGGAGAAACCCAAAAAUAGACAUUAAGAAAAAAAUGAAGGAAGUCAAUCAAUCACGAUUUGUUCAGGCUGUCAGAGGCAGAUUUCAUACUCCAUCCACAAAAUUCAUUAUAAAAACAUCAUUAGCAUUCUUGUUACUUGGAGUUCUGACUGUUCUCUUUCCAACUGAGGAAGGGCCAACACUUCAGGUAGCAAUAUCUCUGAUGGCUACGAUGUAUUUUGUAUAUGAUCGGUUGAAAAGCAAGAUACGAGCUUUGCUUUAUGGGGCUGGCGCAUUUAUUAUUUCAUGGCUAUUGGGAACCUUCUUGAUGGUGUCAGUAAUUCCUCCUAUUACUAUACUCAAGGGACCAAGGGCAUUUGAAGUGAUCACAUCAUUGAUAACAUAUGUUUUCUUAUGGGUUUCAUCGACCUAUCUUAGGUGAAGGCUAAAGCUAUGUAUCUCAAUGUGACUGGGUUUUUGAGCAGAGGACCAGUUUUUUGCAGGGGAGGUUCACAAUAUGGCUUACCUUAUUUAUAUGUCAAAUUAUAUCCUUUUUUUUAAGAAAAAACAUUUGAUAUGCCUAAUUUUGGUGAAUGAACUGUUGUUUUCUUUCGCGGUUAAAUAUUUGAAUGAGCAAACAUACUGGCAUUAUAGAGA